CGGUCAUACUUACGAUUCGUCACAAAAAAAAAGCGCUUGUAAAAUAAAUUCCAGUUUUAUUAGUUUUUAAUGAAAUAGCUUUUUAAAAAUGUCUGAAUUGGACGCAGAGACCGUGCUGCUGAGCAUUUUGCUUUUGGUUGUUAUCGAGAAUGCGCUGGAGAUUUACAUUUCGCUGCGGCAGGUGAAAGUGUACCGCACUGCACUGAAGGUGCCCGCCGAGCUGACGUCACACAUGGGCGAGGAGACGUUCCAUAAGGCGCGAAAGUAUGGCCUCGACCAGGAGAACUUCGGCAUCUUCAAGGCCGUGGUCAUGGAUGUGGGCCUGCUCUGCAUGGAGCUGUACAUCGGCCUGAUCGCCCUCCUGUGGCAGCUGUCCGUCGAGGUGGUGGACAAGCUGCAGUGGGACUCCAAGAACGAGAUCAUCGUCAGCUGCGUCUUCGUCCUGAUCUCGAAUGUCCUGAGCACCUUCAAGGGGCUGCCCUUCAAGAUCUACAAGAUAUUCGUGCUGGAGGAGACGCACGGCUUCAACAAGCAGACGGCGCGCUUCUUCGCCUGGGAUCAGCUGAAGGGCUUCCUGGUCACCCAGGUGCUCAUGAUUCCCAUCACGGCGGCCAUUAUCUUCAUUGUCCAGCGUGGCGGCGACAAUUUCUUCAUCUGGCUGUGGAUCUUCACGGGCGUCAUUUCGCUGGUUCUGCUCACCCUGUAUCCGAUCUUCAUCGCUCCCCUGUUCGACAAGUAUACGCCGCUGGAGAAGGGUGUUCUGCGGCAGUCCAUCGAGGAUCUUGCCGCCUCGCUGAAGUUCCCGCUUACCAAGCUGUUCGUGGUCGAGGGUUCCAAGCGCUCGUCGCACAGCAAUGCCUACUUCUAUGGCCUCUGGAACUCGAAGCGGAUUGUGCUCUUCGACACGCUGCUGCUGAACAAGGGUAAAUCCGAUGACUCGGAGUUGUCUGAGGAGGAAAAGGGCAAGGGCUGCACGGACGAGGAAGUGCUGGCUGUUUUGGGACACGAGCUGGGUCACUGGAAACUGGGACACGUCACCAAGAACAUCGUUAUCAUGCAGGUCCAUCUCUUCCUGAUGUUCCUGGUCUUUGGCUAUGUCUUCAAGUACCCACCCUUCUACGUGGCCAUGGGAUUCCAGCCCGGCACUCGCCCGAUUCUCGUGGGAUUGCUCAUUGUUUUCACCUAUGUCCUGGCUCCGUAUAACGCUUUAAUGAACUUUGCCAUGACGAUUCUGUCGCGUCGCUUUGAGUACCAGGCCGAUGAGUUCGCUUUCAAGCUCGGAUUCGCCGAGCAGUUGGGCCAGGCUCUCAUCAAACUAAACGUGGACAACCUUGGCUUUCCGGUCUACGAUUGGCUCUACUCCACCUGGAACCACUCGCAUCCCACUCUGCUCCAGCGGCUGAAUCGGCUGAAGGAGCUCAAGGAGGAGAAGAAGCUGAACUAGGAGCGCAGACAUCACUCAAGACCAAAGUUUACACUGUUCCCUUUGUUUUAACGUACAAGUAAUAAAGUCCGGGGACUAACCCCAAUAAAAUA